UUUCGCGUGGUCGUCGGACAGGGCGGCCGUACGCUGGAGGUUCGCGCGCGCGCCAGCGGCAACAACCGCUAUCGUCUGACCAGAGCGCGCGACGGUCGUCGGUUUCCCGCGCAAAACCGGUCGGGGCAACACUGUCAUGCGGUGAGUUCCCUACACCCUCUCGACCCGCCCACCACCAUUGAAUAUAUCGCUAUAGUGGCGCGCGGCCAACACGACCGUUAACAAACCGACCGAAUUUUAAAUUCAAAAUCGUUAACGUUCGCUGCAGCCGUCGUCGUCGUCGUCGUCGUCGCCGUCGGUCAACUCGUUCGCGCGAAAACUUAACGCAUUUGUUGAUUCGUUUUUUUUCGCUUUCUACCGUCUCCGUCCGUCGUCCGACAAACGUCUGAAGUCGUCUCCGUUACCUUGUACAUGUACGCGUACACGUUCCGUACGUCCGACCAAGUUACUGCGAAUCUGCGGCGCGGGUACGAUUGACGUCACGUUGACCGCCCCCGAGGCACGUUGGUUCGCUCGAGCAAACACUCGUGUCUUCAACUGUGCCUACUUGACCGGACUCACUGCUGUCGUCAUGGUGUUGUCGGACGUGAAUGGAAACGGUAAGAAAUCGUCGGCGGCCGAACGUUGGAUGAGACAGCGCAACGGACAACGGGCGUCGGCCGUGCGGUGCAUAUUCGGGCCGCCCGAGAAACGGGCGCACCUGAUGAUUAUCAUGCGCAACGAGGCCGAGAUGGAACGCAAACGGAUCGAGUUCGCUGCCCGUUACGAGCCGGUAGGCCUGUCGCCUAACGAGCGGCGAAAUUUCUACGACGGACUUGUCAAGUCGUCGCCGACCUCCAACCGCCAUUAUCAGCAGCAGCAGCCGCACCAGCAGAACAACGAUCGUAAUAUGAAAAACUCGAAAGCCGAUCAUCAUUACCAGCAGCAGCAGCAGAAGAACAAUAGUUUCAAUCACUCCGACGACGAACGAAAUUAACCAGACGCAACCGACCACUGUGCGACGGCGAGGGAACGCCAUAAUUAUAAAAAUUUAAUUUAAUAUUUAGUUAGUGUUAUACAUACAUUGUACCUAAAAUCGCAAUGAUCUCUAGCCCGACUGCGUAAGUCUAGACUAUAUUUUGUUGUUGUCUUUCUUCCGAUUUAUAUCAUGUAUAUAUUACAAACGCACGGUACGCGCGCGUGCAUCUGUAAUUAAUAAUAAUAAAAAAAAAAAGAAACUAAAUUGUUUAAAAAUCAUCUCUCAUCGUUUGGAGGGAUCCGCGCGUAAUUAAGGUUUUUUUAUUUUUUGGGGAAAUAUAUUUGUAGGGUUUAAAAUUGUGUUGAUAAAAUACAUUAUACCGUAUAAUAAUUAGGGGUUGUGGAAGGGAGUUGUCUUUUUAGUACUUCGGGAUGCGUCCAAAAUCCUGGCGGUCGGUAUUGUCGUUUGUUCUGCUACGGUCUUUUGCGACGGCGCUUCCACAAUAACAAUGCCGAUGUGUAUCAGCUUACCGUGCAAUCGUUGUGCAAUUAUUAGUAAUAAAAAAAAAUCCAAAACGAUCAUUAUAAAACAGUAUAAUGUUUUGCUGCGUAACAAGCGUGCGCGCGCGCUCACCCGCGGAACGUUUGCUCACUCCCACUGCGGUACCAAUAUGAUAGUACUAUUAUAGUACUAUCAUAGUAAAUAUAUAGGAACAAACGGAGAGUAGCGUGAAACAACAAUAUUUUUGUUGUACAAAUACGAGGGAAACGCCGUGUGACGCGCGACGUCGAAUAUUAAAAAUUUUUACGAUUUUACAACCGUAGUACGCGCGCGCGAACUCCGAUUAGAAAAGGUCAACGAAAAUCUCCGUACAAAGUUGUGCCAAGAGUCACGGGCCACGGAUAUGUUCGGACGUACAAUAAAAUAUUUUACCAUCGUCGCCUCGUACAAUAAUUACUAUCGUUUUUUUCUUCUAUUUUUUUGUCCUACGCGCGUCACGUACAUUCGCCCGCUAUCGUCGCGUGUGUCAUUUUUAAUAAUUACAAACGAACCAAAACUCAGACGGUUUUUCAAAUCUUUUUUUUUUUGUAUCCAACAUCCCCUGCCCUACUCUCCCUUGUUGUUUUAUAUAUAUAUAUAUAUAAAUUUGCUUAUGAUCACCAGAUACUCAAUAACAGCUAUCUAAGAUGUGUAUGUCUAUUAUAAUGAGCUGUAAAAAAAAAUAUUUGCAAUAUAAAAUGCUAGUCCAAUUUGUUAUGGUGAGAAAAAAAAUAUUUAUGCGUUAUUUAAGUAGUAUUCAAUAUACAUUA